AUGCAAACACAUUCAGACAAUGGCCCCCUAGCUCCUUGUAGGGCUGCGCAGGAGGUAGUAGGUGUGAACCGCCACACGCACAGCUUUGAGUUCUAUGGCAGCUCCAGUUCAAUUGCGUUUCUGGCGCAGAUACGAAGCACUGGCGACCCAGAAAAGGGGGUGCAACGUGAAGAUGAAGAAGGGUUGGUCUCCAGCCUUCAUAAUCCAGCCUUCUCUCCAGGACCGACUGAGGCACUUGCAUCAACGGCAGAGACUGGCACAAGUGCGCAAUCUGUGUCCGUAUCACAUUGCCGCCUCUUUGUGGGCAACUUCUUCACCACGCUACAUUAUAUCUACCCGAUCCUGGAUAAGCCCGCAUUCCUAGCGAUGUGUGAGCUACUAUGGGCAGGUAACACCUCUUCGCUCAGUCAAAGCUUUGUCGCUCUCUAUUACAGCAUUCUAUCUUUAGGCGCGCUCCUGAGACCCAGAGAGGAGGAGCCCAUUGGCGGCAUUGAUGAUGUGCGAUGGAGCAGGAAGUUUUUCGAGGAGGCUCGAAGCCGCUCCAAUGCCGGCAUGAAUGCACUCAACCUCCACUUGGCGUACAUGCAUAUCGGGCUGGCCACAAGAAUAGCACUUUCAAUCGGUAUCAACCGCGAGCCACCGCCGAAUUGCAAGAAAGAUCCUGCGCUGCUUAAGACAGAGUCCAGGACCUGGUGGUGCCUUUAUUUUCUCGAGACCGAGAUGGCCUUUUCUAUAGGCAGACCGGAUACCUUGGGAGCAGAUAUUUACCACAAUCGUCACUAUCCUAUAGUCGCCGGAGAUCCCCUGAGUGUGGGGACAGCACCUGGACUUCUUGAACCACCACAAAGUGCCAUCAUUAAAUACAUGGUGGAUUUCUCAAGAAUCACAAAAGCAAUUUGCUUAAACAUCUACAUGUCGGACCUAACUCUUGAAAGAGCCAUUGCAACAGGAGGCCAGAUUGAACAAGAUCUUGAGCGUUGGGUUGAAAGUCUGCCGCCCGCACUUCGCCCACUCAACGAGGAGAAAAUCACAAAGUGUCUCAACUCGGCCAGUCUGACAAUAGAGAUUGUCUACGAGACUUUCCAGCACCAUGACUUCUUCCGGACUUGGUUUUAUAACACGACCUAUAUAAUCUUUGCGGCAUCCAUGAUCUUGGUCUAUAUAUUUCAAGCAGCGGAGGAGACCGAACUCAAUGCGCUUUUCAGGCUGGUUGAGAUGGCAAUCGAAAUCCUCGAAAUCAUGGAAGAGUCAGUCGUCGCGGCAAAAGCGGCGAAACUAAUUCAAAGAGCUUUAUCAAGGGCUCAACAGACGACUUCAAAGUUGGACAACGUGGAGGAAGCCAUUGAAGACAGCAACUUCUCGCCUUUCAAUCCAACCUGGAGUCAAUUCAGCCUGACGGACGGUGAUCCUGAUUUUAGCUUACCUUUCCAGUUCAGGGACCUUGGAGCAGAUUGUUUCUUCGGAGAUCUCACUGAGUCCAUGCCACCAUGA